AUGCCCACUCAGCAUCCCGUUCCCGUUCCACAGGGACAGGGAAUUCUAACAACAAUAGACAAAGGCCCGGGUCCAGAACGCGUUUACACCCUGAUCCGCGUCCUCGAGGUAUCUACCGGCGGCGUAGAUUAUCUCGUUUGUGAUAAUGAGAACGGCGGCCUGUGGCACGGCCACUUCGACGGCCCCAAGGCCUACUUCUACAUGCGCAAUAACCAAGACAGUUUCCCAAUCCAUGGAUUCAAGGUCGGGAACAGGGGGAUGUUUCCGACGUGUUCUGACGUUAUGUUCCCACUGUUCGACCCGACUAAGAUGAAGGAAUAUGUCCCAGGCAUUGGAGGGCCGCCUGUCCAAAACACCGACAAGCUGCGACUCAAGUGGCCCGAUGUGUUCGGCGCACUGCGCGCAGAGAGGCGAGAUCACACAUGCCGCGAUACAUUUGCCAAAGAACUCGCCGUCAACGUGCACUUGGCUGUGUGUCCGCAGCCUUACCUUGCACUGUACAAGGGCGUCGUUGUCAAGGACAUGCACGGUGGUCCACGAGUCACAUGCAUCGUGUACGACAAGCACACCACCACGUUGUGGGAGUUUGUCAAGGUUUACGAGCUGCUGCAACCCGUGCAUUUCGAUCGAAUCACGACAGGUAUUAGAGAAGGAAUUAAAGCUCUACACAAGAAGAAUGUUGUGCAUCGGCAGGUCAUGGCAAAAAACGUGUACCUCAGUUACGUCGUGCAAAUGCCCUUGGUGUAUAUCAUAGAGGUCAAAUUGGGAAACUUUGAAAAGGCGGAACACUGCGUGUCUGGGCAAGAGCUAGAAUUCUUGCAGGGAAAGCGCCAUGAUGAUUCGCGCCAGGUUUUGUUAGAAGAGUGGCUGCGAUAUGUCCUGGGUAGCUCCGGCAGGAUGCUCACGGAUCGAAAUAACGCCACGAACACAAAAAUUCAGGAAGGCGUUCUUGGAGGCAAACAGCUGGAAGAGGUGGAAAAGUUCCUGAAUGCCCAAUUGAACCAAUUUGGUCCUUGGAACAACACUGCAAGCGACACGGGAAUGUGGGUGACCGGAGCCCAGACAUGUGUCUAG